UUACUGAUAUUGUCCAAGGAAUUAUGCCACAACUUAAGUUAUAUUCUCUUUUAUUAUGCAGGUUCUGCUCAAAGCACAGUGCCUUACAUUCCUUAUGGACCAAAUGUCUCAAUUGACCUAGGUACGAGUUUUACAAUUCCUUGUUUCUUGCCUGAUAAUGCCAGAAAUCAGGAAAUCCAACUUAAAUGGGCUUUCAAAGAAAAAGUAGCCAGUGACUGCAGUGCCUAUGGCUCCAUGAGACCUUCUUCAAGUAGUUCGCAUAAUGGGCGGAGCUGCAACCUAACCAUCAACCCAGUGGAGGUGGUGUCUGAAGGACUGUACACAUGCUACACUUUUGAAGACGGCAAACUAGAGUAUGCAUACCUGAAUUUACAUGUUAUAGUUCCUAACGCAACUAUCGAACUGCUAGACCUGCCUACAGAAAGUCUGCUGAACAUGCAUUCAAACCCAGUCUGCAUCCACUUGGGUAUAGGGCGACCAUUCGGAUGCACAAUCCGAGGAAGUCUAACAGAGGAUUGGCAGAUGUCAUGGCUCUCUGGAGAGACUACUGAGGAAUUUGGCUCAAUUGGCUUGAACCACCGACUUUACGGAUUAGUUGACGUCACGAGCAGUCUUUUGUUUUCAAGAUGGCCCACUAACAGCAGUAGGAUUAACUUAACAUGCUUAGCUACGAGAAACGGGGAGCAGGAACUCAAAGUUGAUGUUCAGCUGGAGUUGUGUUCAGGUCAAGGUGACAAAGAAAAAUCUGCAGCGAUUCAAAUUCUACCAGGAUCCAACGAAACAGCGGUUAUUGGCACAGACGUAACGUUUACGUGUGAGGUCUUUGGGAAGACCCUUAAUUAUUCGGUGUAUAUACGAUGGCUUUUCAAGGGAGCUGUCAAAAGUCAGUGUCACUUUGGACGUGCUGAGAGGCAAGGUUCUAGCAAACUCUGGUUCUAUGAGAAACACUGUGAUUUGACAAUCAGUCCGGUAGUUCCUUCAUCACAAGGCCAGUAUGUAUGUCACCUUUACGAUGGAAAGGAAGACGUUUCGGAGAGUUUGGAUAUUUACACAAUUGAUAUGAGUGAACAGAACACUGAUAAUUGGCAUAACUGCGAUGGAAAUGCAAGCUACAUCAACACAGAAGAUGGCUUCGGUUGUAAAUGCAACGACGGCUUUGUCGGGAUCGGAACGAUGGGUAAUUGCCGAGAUAUCAACGAAUGUGAUGACUCCUCAACUCACACAUGUGAUGAUAAUGCUGUGUGUAAGAACACAGUAGGCAGUUUUACCUGUAAAUGCAAGGCUGGCUAUGCUGGGGGUGGAUUCACCGGUAGCUGUCAAGAUAUCAAUGAAUGUGACGGCACAUCAACUCACAACUGUGACGAUAAUGCUGUGUGUAGGAACACAGUAGGCAGUUUUACCUGUAAAUGCAAGGCUGGCUAUGCUGGUGAUGGGCUCGCUGGUAGCUGUCAAGGUGAUAUCAUUUUUGCAGUAAAUGAAAACAAUGUUAGAAGUUAA